AUGAUGGUCCUGAGCGGGGCACUGUGCUUCCGAAUGAAGGACUCAGCCUUGAAGAUACUUUAUCUGCACAAUAACCAGCUGCUGGCUGGCGGGCUGCAUGCCGGGAAGGUCAUUAAAGGUGAGGAGAUCAGCGUUGUCCCAAAUCGGGCACUGGAUGCCAGUCUGUGCCCUGUCAUCCUGGGUGUUCAGGGAGGAAGACAAUGCCUGUCCUGUGGGACAGAGAAGGAGCCAGUUCUGAAACUUGAGCCAGUGAACAUUAUGGAGCUCUACCUUGGGAGCAAGGAAUCCAAGAGCUUCACCUUCUACCGGCGGGAUAUGGGCCUCACCUCCAGCUUCGAGUCAGCUGCCUUCCCAGGCUGGUUCCUCUGCACCGUGCCCGAAGCUGACCAGCCUGUCAGGCUCACCCAGAUCCCUGAGGAUGCCGCCUGGGACGCUCCCAUCACGGACUUCUACUUUCAGCAGUGUGACUAG